AUGGCGCUUUCGGAGGAGGAAAUAGGAAGGCUUCACAGAAUCAGAAAGACGGUGAUGCAGAUGCUGAGGGACAGAGGUUACCUCGUCGGAGACUUUGAGAUAAACAUGUCGAGACACGAUUUCAAGAAUAAGUACGGUGAAAACAUGAAGAGGGAAGACCUUGUUAUCAACAAAUCUAAGAAACAUAAUUCCGCUGACCAGAUUUAUGUUUUCUUCCCUGACGAAGCUAAGAUCGGCGUCAAGACCAUGAAGACUUACACCAACCGCAUGAAUUCAGAAAACGUUUUCAAUGCUAUCUUAGUUGCUCAACAGAAUUUGACACCCUUUGCCAAGACCUGUGUUAGUGCAAUUUCUUCAAGAUUUCAUUUGGAGGUUUUUCAGGAAGCAGAGCUGCUGGUCAACAUAAAAGAGCAUGUUCUUGUUCCUGAACAUCAAGUUUUGACUGACCAAGAAAAGAAAACUUUGCUUGAGAGAUAUACCGUAAAAGAAAUUCAGCUACCUAGAAUACAGAUUAGUGAUCCUGUUGCAAGAUCCUAUGGACUUGAACGUGGACGGGUUGUCAAAAUUAUUAGGCCAAGUGAGACUGCGGGCAGAUAUGUUACCUAUCGAUAUGUUGUAUAA